AUGGAAUGUGUCCGGUCUCUGUGGAGUUAUGCCUCCAGAUGUUUUACUUGCCAAGAAGAUUCUUCCACUCAGGGUAACGAACCAAGCGAACGAACUCAUUUGCUAGCCGAUCCUGUUAGUAAUAGUCCAGCAGUGCGUCGGGACAAUGAUACAUAUACGCAGGAGUAUCCCAAUUCAGUACCCAAGAAAGAUGAACAGUCAGCGCUGGCAAAAAUUUUACAAGAAACUUCUGAAAAUAUCAUAGAUGUGGCAGCAAUGGAUACGCAAAAGCUAGAGGCUAGUGAGUAUAACGACCGUAUCAAGCUGUACACACAGCGUCUACAGCAGCAGUGGAGCAAUGUAAACCACCCGAACCAGACAGAGAACUCAAGCCUGCUGAAGGAUAUACCCAAUCCAGAGCCGGUGUUAGCUUCCAUACCGAUAGCCUCGGACGAUCUGGCCAUGAUAAAAAGUAUGGUACAAAAAGCUAAUGUUGCUGUAUCGGAGAUAAAGGUGACCCAUACGGAAAAUCUUGUGGUACCUUUCCGAAUUCCAUAA